AUGGGGGUUUUCUCCCGCCUGCUGUCGGCCGCGCUGCUGUGCGCCGCCGCCAGCCCAGCUCUCCUCAGCCCCCAAGCAGCAGCAGCAGCAGCAGCACCAGCAGAGGGCUCCACCAGCUUCACCCUGCCCUCGGGCGGCUCUCUGCACGUCCAGGUCCUCAGAGGGCCGCAGCAGCAGCAGCAGCAGCAGCAGCAGGGCCCCUGGGGCUCCACCAUGAGCUUCGCGGGCCCCACAGGGGCCACGGGGGGCUACUCGGUGACUGAUUCUGCUACGCUGCGCAGCAGCGCGGGCCCCCCUGCUGCUGCUGCUGCUGCAGCAGCAGCAGAAGGCGUCUACGAGCUGCCAACUCCCCCCACUCCCGAAAACCCCAUUUCAAAAACCCAAGUCCUUUUUGGCUGGGUCCCAGAAGCAGCAGCAGCAGCAAGUCUGCAGGCCGUCAACGCUGAAGAGCUCAACAACGCCCUCCGCAGCCAAGCCUUCGUCAGAAAACUCAGAACGCGAGCGCUGGUGGAGAAGUCGUGCAUGAUUCCCUUGGCGAGCGACCGGCGGAGCUACUUGGAAGCAUUUUGGUCUGCUGCAGCAGCAGAAAGGAAGUUUCGAGCAGAAGCAGAAAGCCAAAGAGCAGCAAUUGAAGAAGAGCUGAAGCAGCAGCAAAUGGCUGCGCCAGACAUGAGCUACGCGCGCUCGGUGGCGACGCGGGCGAACAUCGAGAGCGGGGCGUCGCCUGCUGCUGCUGCUGCUGCUGCAGCAGGCGCUGCAGCAGCCGCAGCAGCGGGCGAGGAAGCAGCAGCAGCAGCACUCAGGUACCAGGAAACUGUCGACAGAGUCCUCGCCAAUCGCAUUGAAGUCCUCAUGACUUGCAAACUUGCUGCUCUCUUGGGGCAGCCGGGAAUUUUCUUGAAUGACAAAAUAGCAGCAGCAGAAGUUCUCGACCUUGUUGCAACAGCUCUUGGAAUUGGAAACACCAAAGAGGAAGCAGCAGCAGCAGCAGCUUCGCCAAUCGUCCCCAUGUUCGGGGGCCUCGAGCCCUUCCUGCUCGCCUCAAACCCCCUCAUUGUGGGUCACGUGCUGACGCUGCUGAUAGCGCACAUCGACCGGGAGGCGUUCUUCGGGGAGGCGGCGCGGAAGGCGUUUUACAGCUUCACAAGUUUGGCUGCUGCUGCUGGAGGCGAAGGGGCCGUGGGGAUGCUGGACGAGAUGUGCGACAGAGACAGAGGCCCGCGGCUUGCUGCGCCGCUGCUGGGCAAGUACAGGCCCAAGGGGCGGGGUGGGAAGCCGCGGAAGCGCGGCAGCAGCAGCCCCUGGUUCGUCCGCGGCGCCUCCAGAGUCCACAGAAACAAGCUGCAGCCCGAGCUCCUCAGGGCCUACUGCGACGCCACGGAGAUGAUUCUCAACGCCCUCAUGCUCAAACAAGAAGACGUGCAACAGGAAAUGCUCAAGUUCUCACUGCCGGUGGAGCCGCUGGUGGAUCCGGCCACAAAUGCUUCGCGAAUUCAAACCAAAACCUGCAGAGGAGGAGCUCCAGUUUGCGAAUUCGAAAAUUCCAUUUUAAGUCCAAUUGCAAAUCCCCUGGAUCCCCAGGUGCUGGAACAGAACACCAACACCCGGGCCGCCUUCAACCUCUACGCCGGGCUAGCCAGCGCGCAACUCGGAAACCUGCUCGAAGAAACCGGCUCCAAGUACUACGACGUCCGCGCUGACCAGUGGCUCGAAAUAAUUUCCAAGCCGACGGCGCACAGCGACAUUCUCGAAAAAGUGUUCUUCUAUGACAACAGAGAGUUUCUGGCGUCGAAAAGAAGCAAAUUGAUCAAGAGUUUCGAAACGAAUGCAAAAAAGAUCGCAGCUUUAGCCGGAAAGCCUGCAGUUUCCAUCUCGGAAGCUGCUGCUGCUUACGAGGAAAUUCAAAGAUCUGUUGGCAGCCAAACGGGCAAAAAGGGAGCAGCAGCAGCAAAAAAGAACCUUUUCCCAACAGCAGCAACUCUGCUGCUCAAGAGCACUCUGGCCUGCGACAUGACGAGUUCUUUUGCUGCGAAGUUGGAGAGCUUCACGCAGUUCAUGUUUAAGGCAAAAGCUGCUUCUGGGCGGCGGCAGGCGCCGCUGCAGCGGACUUUAAUGGCUUUUAUCCGGACUGGAAAAGGCUCUGCUUUGCAAAGCAUGUGUUCUUACGACCCCCUGACCUUCAAUUACCUCUUCCUCUACAGAUUCGUUCUCCUCGGAAGCGAUCCCGCGAAGACGCACGACAAGCAGCACGCGGCGGUGAGCAAGACGCCGCUGACCACCCGCCUGCUGGGUUCGACGUGGACUCCUUCGAUUCUGAAGAGAGUUUUGCGGGGCGUCAAGAGAAAGUCUUCGAUUUUGAAAGCGAAACAACUGCUGCUGGAGAGCCUGGACGCGGGGGUGUUCCCGCUGCUGCUGACCUCGUUCGAGUGGAUCGUGCACACGCAGGCGGCGCUGCAGGUGAACCAAAACAGCGAAAUGUUCCACGAGCUGGAGGCGCAGCAGCCGCGCGCGCUUCCCGCGGAGCCGCAGAAGGCGGCGGAGGCGAAGCUGCACGAGGGCGGGCUGGUGAAGCGCACGGACGAGCAGCUGGCGGAGUGGGCGGAGUUCGGAGUUCCCGCGGCGCUGCGGGAGCAGCUGCGGCGCGGGGAGAAGCUGCCCAAGGCGGUGGCCUUGGAGCGGAUCCCGACUCCGGACCUGACGCAGUGGGAGCAGCAGCUGAACAGGAAGUGGCUGGCGGCGCUGGAGGCGUACCUGCGGCACCCCUACGGCGCAGCAGCAGCAGCGGCGCGCGACCCCGUGGCGCUGCUGGUGCAGCGCAGCCGGGACCGCCUCGAGGCCGAGCUGGACUCCACCAUUUUCCUGGGCAGGAUCGUGGGGGCCCCCCGGGGCCCCCGGCGGGGCCGCAGGGCCCUGCGGGCGGUGGGGGGCCUCUUCCGCGCGCUGCUGCGGGCGCCGCGGCAGAGCGAGUUCGCCGUGUGGAUGGGCGUGAAGGUGCAUGCGGACCGCGUGCUGCGGGUGCUGCAUGCAGUGCAUGCAGCAGCAGAAGUGGCGAAGACUGCGGGGCUCUUCGAGCACGUCCGCGAGGCCUUCCUCGAGCUGGUCCGCGACGCAGUCCUCGGCAGUCUGCAGAACCAGCUGCGCGUCCCGGGCUUCGACACCUUCGCCGCCGUGGAGGCGGGGCUGCGCGGCGGCGAGGUCUCCGCUGCCGCUGCUGCUGCUGCUGCUGCUGCUGCUGCUGCGCGGCGCAGCGCGGGCUUCCUCUCCGUGCACCCCGAGCUCGCCGCGCUGGGGCCCGCAGCCCGCGAGGCCGAGUUCCAAAACAGCAUGUGCAUGGACCACUGCGAGGCGCUGUGGACUCUGGUGACUUCCCUGGUCUUCAGCGCGCUGCAAAACCCGCGGAAGUGGAGGGACUACGAAAAGGAAGUGGGCGGCGCUGCUGCUGCUGCUGCGCUGGCGGACCCGCGGCGCGUGAACAGCUUCCGGCUGGGCCUGAGUGUGCAGACGGACUUUUUCGAAAACGUCCUCGACAAAAAGUCGAAACGCAACAUUCAGAAAAUGAAGUUCGGCGGCGGCUCCUGGUUCGCCUACGCGCUGCUGCUGGCCGCGCGGCUGCACCGCGGCCUGGGCCAUUCGGACUUGGCCACGUUUUUCAGUUUCCAGGCGCCCUACCUGGGGCACUUCGUGCUGCAGUGGCAGCAGCAGCGCCGCGAGGCCCGCAGGAAGGCCCUUCUCUCCAUGUUGUCUCUCGGCUUCUUCUUCGCCUACACCUUCAUUUCCGUCUCCGACAUCACGCAGCACCUGAACGACUCGGGGCUGGGCCCGGCGGUGGAGUGUCUGGAGAACUUGGUGGUGGGGCCCGUGUGUCCCGCUGCUGUGGUGGCGCCUGCGGUGCGCAGCGCAGCAGCAGCAGCAGCAGCAGACGUGUUCAAGGUGGGCCUCUUCGGGCUGCUGACGCCCUACCUCGUCUGGCCCAUGGCUGCUGCUGCUGCGUGGCAGCUGCUGCGCAGCGAGUUCAAAGUGCUGCUGCAGUUCGAGAUGAGCUUGAAGAGUCUCUUUUCCCGCUUCUCAAGCUGGGUGCGCCGCCCCUUCGCGCGCUGGUGGCAGCAGCGCCGCCGCCUCAAGCAGCUGCUGCUGCAGUCCGCUGCUGCCAAGUUCCGCACCGAAAAAAAAAGGUUGCACGGCCGCGACCCCCCGCCCCGCGACUUC